AUGAGAAGCAAGAUAUUAAUUAGCACAUCUUUAAGAAACUAUUUCUGUGCAUCACUUUCAUCUUUACCAUCAAUACCCAGUUUGAAAGGCUACUUAACUCAACCAUUUGAUAAUAAGAUACCAAUUGAAAGUCAUCGUUAUAAGGAAUGGAAACAAGAGAUUGGUGAUAUGGUGGAUGAGCAUUCAUUAAUGGUGAUGUUGCAAGAGUUACUGGGGUUACCAUUUUCAUUGGAGAUUGAUCGCAAUGUUGCAGACCCAUCUGGUGCAACUAUAAAAUGUUCUCGACCUGAUGUAGUAGUCUGGAUUAAUGGAACUUUAGUGUUUAAGGCAGAAGAAAAGAACAAUCGAUCAGAACAUAAUGUUGCUGUAAAUGAACUUUCAGACAAGAUGGAACAGUGGAAUUAUGCACAGUAUGGUCAAGUACCAUAUAUUCUCUCAUAUGCAGGAGCACAAAAUUUCUUCCAGUUUUUUGCUAUCACUCCAAACCAUGGGAAGUCUGAAAUUUCACUGACUUAUGACUUGAAUACAUACAUAGGAGAAUAUAUG